AUGGUUGUCUGUCCGAGUGAUAAUACAGUCACUUUCGAGCUGAUCACUGGACAGGUAUACAAUUCACCCACCGAUAUAUUGGACUCAUACGCAGGUGUCAUGCAUCUGACCGAUUGUCUUCAAUACUGUCUGCUCAACGAUACGUGCAAAUCGGUAAACUUCGAGACAGGACUGUGUGUUCUGGUCAGCUCAUCGGCCAAUCAGAGACCCGAAGCGCUAACUUCAUCACAAUUUCCGGUUUUCAUUAUCUAUGCACAGAAAGUCUGUCUAAAAGACAAAAAUAAAGUCUGUACUCAUGGCUGGGCUUUCGAGAGGGUUAAGGGCUAUGAAUUGAAACGUUUGGCCAAAAAGGCUGUGAAAGUGCAGUCAAGGGUCGAGUGUAUGCAGUUAUGUCUGAUUGAACAUGACUUUGAGUGCCGAUCCGUCAAUUUUGAUACCGACUCUCACGAGUGCGCAAUUUCCGAUAUGGACAGACACACCAUUAACUUAAAUAACGAGCUUAGGUCUAAAAAAUACGGACCAUCAUCGACAGGUACUAUCGAUUAUAUGGAAAACAGUUGUAUUCAAGAGCCAAAAAAGUUAUGCGAUAUUCGGCCCAUCAAUGGUAAGAUACUGAAGACAGUGGACUCAGUGUACGAAAGUGUUAAGACAAUUGAUGAAUGCAAAGAAAAGUGUAUGACUAGUGCCUAUCGGUGCCAUUCAUUUGAUUUGGGAGAUCCAUCGCACGCUGUCUGUCGUACAUCACAUUUGGACAAAAACUCUUUGUCUCACAUCGAUAAUCCAUACAUUGAAAUAACUGGUGCCACGACCUAUGAGCUGCUCUCAUGUUAUAAUGUUACAAUCCUGUGUCGAUCCCGUGAGAUGAUAGCUAAGGUUAGGACAACAAAAGUAUUUGACGGCAAAAUCUAUGCUAAAUCAAAGCCAAAUCUAUGCGUCAAUGAUAUUAGUAAUAGUCUAGAGUUUGAGAUUAAGAUGAAGUACAAUGACGUUGAGUGUGAUGUCAAACAAGAGGGAAAGGGACAGUUCACCAAUGAUAUUGUUAUACAACAUCACGAUAUGGUGGUCACCACACAGGACCUCAUGCUUAACGUUCACUGCAAAUAUGAUCUCUCAAACAAAAGCAUAUCAAACAAUGUGAACCUUGCGGUCGACGGUGAUGUCGACACAAGUGGUCAUCUCUCGGAAACAGUUAGCUCACCGAACGUAACGAUGAGAAUCACUGAUCUAUACAGAAGUGACAUAAUGUCAGCACAGGUCGGGGAUUCACUUUUGUUGCGCUUCUCUAUCCUCGAACAGAACAGUCCGUUUGAAUUGUUUGUGAGAGAGUUGAUAGCCAUUGAUGGUCAGGACAUGUCUGAAAUAGUUUUGAUUGAUAGCAAUGGCUGUCCAACCGAUGCACUAAUAAUGGGUCCAAUGGGUAAAGCCGACGGCGACGGACAGGUAUUGGAGGCCCGUUUCGAUGCCUUCAAGUUUCCCACUUCAGACUUGGUUCAGUUCAAAGCACUGGUAGCUCCGUGUCUGCCAUCCUGUGAACCAAUCAAAUGUAGUAUUAGUGGUGUUGACGGCCGAACCAGUGAAGUACACUCGUAUGGCAAACGAAGACGAAGAAAGAGAGAAACAGAUGAAGUAUUGGUCGAACAGUCACUCAGUGUUUCCGAUAGAUUUGGUUUUCAAAGAAGUCAACGAAAGUUAGAUCUGAACGACGAAAAUGUUUCGGUUGUCGACUCAUCAAUGGAUGAGAAAAUAAUUGAACAAAAUUCAUGUAAAAACAUAUUUGGCAUCAGUUUAAUAGUAUUGACAUUUAUUUUGGCGCAAACCAUACUUGUGGUCACAUUUGCCUGUCUCUGGUCAGCCAAACGACGUGAUCGGGUGCUGACCAACCGUGAAUGGCCUCAAUCACAGCUCAUCUCCAACGAGACCCCUUACCCGAGCAUUUGCAACGACUAUUUAUAUCAAACAACGAGAAAACAACAUUUUUAA